UUGGCUACUAUUAACUGAAUGUAUUGAUAAAUUAUUAAUUAUUUUUAGUGUGCAAGUAUGUAACCAGUGGCGUAACUCGCCGAAUUUAUGCAGCCGUACCAAGCCACUACGAAUUACUACCAUUAGUGUGCGUGUUACAAAAUAACGACUAUGACGAAGAAUUAAGUUCAAUUUGUUUGAAUUUCUUGGUGGUAAUCGGGCACUCCCUCACUCCCAGCGCUUAUAUUCCCGCAGCUUUGUCCGCAAUGGAGCAAGUCUCGUCGUGCUCAUUUUGGUCUGCAAGAGCAGCCAUUGCGGAAUUUAUUUCUGUCCUGGUAUUCCACAAUUUCUCGACAAUCAUUGCUAAUGAGAGUUGGGUCGCACAGAUUCAAAAAAUCGUGUUGCAACUGUUAGAGGACGAACAGCCCGAGGUUAGGGUAACUGCAGCUACGUCUCUCAGCGGCUUCCUGCAUUGCCACUUUUUACCAAAUCCGGAAGCAUUAUUGUCGGAAUUUAAGUUAAAGUCAAGAACCAAAUUGAAACGUCGUAAUUUAAGCGUUAGCAAUGGGAACCAAUCGAUCAAUCAGAAUAUACGCAUCAUACAUGCGGCUGUGUUAGGGAUGUGCUCGUUUGUCAGCUGUCAUCCCUACGACGUUCCAGAUUACUUAUCGGACAUAUUUUUGGAGUUGGGCAAGCACUUAAAUGACCCACAACCUAUUCCGGCUACCAUCCAUCAAACGUUAGGCAAUUUCAAACGAACACACCAUGAUAAUUGGGAUAUACAUAAAUUAAAAUUUACAGAAGAUGAGCUUUCUGUUUUAAGUGAUUUGACUGUGCCUCCAAGUUAUUACGCCUAAUAAAUAUGGUGAUUAAAGACUAAUAUAUUCCAUUAAUAUCUUAGGUUUUGUUGCAAAUCGUCUCGUAUAAGUUGUUUUAAAUAUGUAUUUUUUAAUUUUGAAAUUUGUAUGUUUUGUUCUCUUUUUUGUAUUAUUGAUGUUAUUUUAUCUUUAAGUCUUACAUGACUAGAACGAAUGUGGAAGGGUAGGUGUGAUUAAAAAUGUUGAUUAACUUUA